AUGACCGAGGAGCCGCAACUAAAUUCUAUUCAGCAGCGGAUCGCCGCCCUGAACCAGUCGCAGCUGGCCCGCCCACCGGGCCCUGAACCAUUCCUCCGCCCGACCCCGGAGCGGAGCAUGCCAGUCAGCCCCCCUCCUUCAUACGAUUCUGUCGUUCCUCCACCGGAUCGAGUGCCCAGCAGAAAUGGACAGACAGACGAUCACUCUGAGAGGCCGGUUCUGCGACCGCCUCCAAUGGAAACCCUACGACCUGAUCUGAAACCGAAGCCAAAAGCCCCUCCGCCCUUGCCCACGCGGAGAUCAGAUCGCCAGGCUCCUCCCCCUCCAGCUCGUCCUGCGCUGCCACCGCGCAGACCAACAGAUCAACCGCGGAGACCCUCCCUUGAGUCGACAACCUCCGAUGCAUCGUACUCGACAACUUCGACGGCAACAACCGCUGGACGCAAUGCAUCUUCGACGUCAGUGAACUCCAAUGGAAACAAUCGCAUCAAGGCGCCUGCAUGGGGCGCCACAGAGCUACCUGCGCUACCCCCAAAGCGACCAAAGGAACAAGUCAACCUUGAACCGGCUCCGCGGCCUACGCCUAAGAGGAGUUUCGGAAACUUGUCCUCCAGAAUCACCUCGAAAAUCCACUUACCGGGCUCCAAGCCGGCUGCUCCCUCUCCUCCAAGUCAGCCGCCUCGACCAAGCGUACCCUCACGUCCAAGUUUGCCAAGUCGCAGGGAGACCAACGAUGAUGCCCCGACACCUCAGCUGCCACCUCGUCCGCCAUCUGGAGUACAAUCCCAAACGAAUGGAACCACCGAAGAUGAGGGCCCUCCUUUACCGAUUCGGAGGACAUUACCACCUCCACCAUCUGCUGCGAAAAUUAGUGAUUCCCGGCAGUUUGGUUUUGGAAAUAAGAGCCCAAGCAUUCCAGUCCGGCCAAGUAGCACACCGGCUGGUACCCCACCGCCAAUCCCACAUGGUUCUCGCCCGGAUCUGUCCAAGAUCAUGGCUACAAAGCCACGCUUCAAUGGCUCGCCUGCUUCUGCGAGCCUUUCAGUUCCCUCGUCGGAUACGGAGUGCUUAGUGUGUCGAGACUUCUCAGGCCCAGAUAACCAUGCGGCCCGCUAUCCUCGUGCAUCGCUUCCAACACAAGACAUGGCAUGGCUGGCAAAUGAGCUGACAGCGCCAUUCCCUUCUUUGACAGACAAGGCCCGCGCGAUCUUUACAUGGCUGCAUCACAACAUCUUCUACGAUGUCGUUGCCUUUUUUGGCAAUUGCGUUCAGCCCUCCACACCAGCCAGUACCCUUGCAACCGGACUAGCAGUCUGUGAAGGAUACGCAGGAUUAUUCCUCGAACUGGCAACCAAGGGUGGACUAGAAGCAAUCAAGGUCGGAGGCCACGGCAAGGGAUUCUCGCACAACACACUCGCCCCAGGCUCACACGUACCCCCCUUCAACGGAAACCACGCCUGGAACGCCGUCAAAAUAGACGGAGGCCGCUGGAAACUCAUCGACUCAUGCUGGGGCGCCGGAUGCAUAGAAGGCAAAGGCCAGCCCUACAAGCAGCGCUUCGAACCAGCCAUGUUCUCAAUCCCGAACGAAGAAUUUGGUCUGAAGCACUUCCCCUCGAACGCCAACCACUUCUUCCGCGAAGACGGCCGACCAAAUCCCACCUGGGAAGAAUACAUCCUCGCCGAUCCCGAAAAGCCACACGGCGUCGAAACCCUCAAGGUCUAUAGCGACGCCGAUAAACGCUCCAUCGGCCGCAAAACAAUCCAACCGGCAGCCCUCCACAUCUCUAUCAGCACACCUGGUCCAAUGCGCUUCCAAUUCGGUCUCCUCUGUCCGCACUGGACACUGGCACGCCACAGCCACGCCUCGCCAGAUCUGUUCCUGCUCAUGAUCCAUGGUGUCGAUGGACGCAAAGACGACAGACUUCCCUUUAGACAUGUACCCGGCUCGGGUCCCGCUGGUGGGGGCGAGAUGUGGUAUGUAGAUGUGCCUGAAGCACGUAUGCUUGGUGCUCCUGGUCAGAAGUUGCAGUUGGCUGUUUUGACUAGCUUUGAUAAUAAGGAUGCCGCUGGUGUUACAGCUGAUGAGUUCUUGGCUAAGAAUGGUCGGGUUGGGAUGGCUUGGGCUUAUGUUGCGGAGUGGGAGCUUGUUCGGUAG